GUAUUUAGCUGAAGUAUUCGUUGGCGUUGAGGGCUUGAAAGUUGUCACACAAAAGCGGAACCCUUGCUCUUUUAUCUGCAAUAUGACUGGUAAUUCGGGGGGAAAUCAUUUUCAAUUUCGGUCAAACUGAAGAAGUACAAUAGCGAGAGAGAGAGAGAGCUUAUUCGCAGUUAUUAUCAAGUCAUGUGGACGCAUGUUUUGGGUAUCGAUUUCUUUUUCUUCUGAGCUGAAUAUGCAACAAGCCAUGUUGCCAAAAUCUUCUGCUAAUGGAUUUGGCCGUGGGGGAGAGGGUGUUAGCGCCCUGGGUUCCUGGCGAAGAUGAUCCACAGUGUCCUGAACUAGAAAAUAUUUUUGACAGCCCGUGGAUUAGGAACUGGGAUCAGUUUGAAACCAACCAAAAGUUAUUUGGUAUAAAAAGUACUUUCAAUGAGGAACUUUACACAACAAAACUUGAGAGAGGUCUCCAUAUGAGAGAGUUUGAGAGGGAAGCAAUGAGAAUAGCAAUAGAGAUUGAGGGUGAGGAGACCCAGGAUCUUCUUUUAACAGAGGAGAGAGGGUUUGAUCUUCAUGAUAAUUUUGAUAUUGAUGAGGAGAUGAGAUUUUCUUCUGUCCUAAGGGGUAGAGGGUUCGAUGAUAGUGGUUAUGAAGAAGAGGAGGACAUUAUGUUGGAUUCUCACAAUAUUGAGACCUUUGGAGAUUCUUCUGAUUCUCAUAGUAGAAGGUCUGCUGAUUUGACCAGUUUGCAAGGAUCUGUAGGAGUUCGAAUUCCAUCAAGCUCUUCCUUAGUGGAUAAUAUACCACCUUUCCUGGCAACCAUCAAUUUGAAUCGCUCUGACUUCAAUGACCAGGCCAGACGGCUGGCAUCUGAACUUCCUUCUAAAAGUUUCCCCAUAUCUGACAGUGAGAGCAGAAUCCAAGAUGAUUUGCUUGGGGAACACAGAGGAAGCAGUGAUGCUAAAGAAUUUGCUGAAAAACAAUCUCCAUCUGAGGACCUGCAAUUGUCAAAUUCUGUUGAUUCUCAUUCAUUAUUGGAUGACAAGAUUGAUGCAUCUGAUAAAGCUGGGCCAUGUGAAAAACGUAGUUCUUCUCGUGAACCCUCGGAGAGCCCAGCUUCUAGCAAAGUAAUUGGUGAAACACAUUCUGCAAACUCCCACGGACAACCUGGUAGUUGUGCAUCAUCAAAUUCAGAUUGUGUUGCUGCUGUCUCAGCGUCUAGUGGCCCUGGUUUAUCACCAAGUUCAUCAAUGGGUUCAUUAUCCUCCAAGAAGUCAACUCUGAAUCCCCAUGCAAAGGAAUUCAAACUCAACCCUAAUGCAAAGAGUUUUAUACCAUCUCAAACGGCUGCUAGGCCUCCAACCCCAGUGUCUGAUGGUUCUUUCUACUAUCAACCACAAAUGUCUCCUGUACCACAUAUGCACAUGCCUGUUAGUUUUGGGAUAGGACCCUCCUUUCCUGGCCACCAGCCUGUUAUAUUGAGUCAACAGGUGGCACCAACACAAUCAUCAUAACCAUAUUAUCAUCCAAAUGGACCUCAGUUGCAGUAUGGGCAGCAGACACUUCUUGGUCAACGGCAAGUGGUAUACUACCAACCCGAAAUGCAAUACAAAGGAGGACGGCGCCAUUAACCAGUUAGUUCACUAACGGCAUUUUUGGGAGAGCUCUGCUCUGCUCGCAAAUAAUAAAACUUUGACUUUUGACAGGCUGCUUGGAUGGAUCAACUUUCUCAAAACAAAGCCAGGGGGUGAUUAUUGGUUAAUUAUAUAACCCUAUACACACUUCAUUCACAUUGUUACUCUGGAUUUACAGUUUUUUUUUUUUUUGGUUAAUUAACCUGUACUUUUCUGAUUUAUUGUUUUUAGUGUUUUUAUAGUUUUGGAUCGAUCUUUGUUGCAUUCUAUAUUAUUUUUAUUUCCUCUAUUCUUUUAAUAAUAUUUUUUCUCGUUACUGUA